CCUCGGUUUUGCUCAGGGUUAGCCAUUGUUUCGCGACAAAUUUGUGCUGAUCGAAAAAUAUCAGCACCUCUAGACAUGGACCCAACUGUCGCACGACAGCGAGCAUCCGCUGCUUGUGCGACGUGUCGGAAACGGCGUACCAAGUGUACGAGAGAACCCGGUGACGACGUGUGUACGCAGUGCAAAGACAGAGGAGUCUCAUGCAUCACUUACUUGGACGACCUUAGGAAACGAAAAAAGUCCGCCGCGUAUAUCGACUCGUUACAGAGCCGUAUAGGUUCAUUGGAGGCCUUCCUAGCGCAGUCGUCAGGGUCGUCGUCGCCUCGACCACGCCUAUCGGACUCCUUUGGAUUUACGACCCAACCGCCACCCAUUGUUCACCUGCUAUCAGAAUCUCCACCAAACCUGCAGACAGAUAUCGACGCUUUCACUGAGGGAGCAACAUCCUUUCUCAACCAAGCGAAGACGUACUUGACAGCAUCUGACAGCAUUCAGGACCAAGGGCUGCAGUCGCAAUCUGAUACACAGCGCGGCCAGCUUUUGGCUCGGGCGACCCGAGCUAAUGUGAAUUCACCACUCGACAAGUUACAAUCAGCUAAGGGGACCGAAAAUUUGAUUCCAAGGCUAGUAUCUGGAGAGUCACUUGACCAGACAGGAACAAGACCAUCCAGAUUGAUAGACUCGGCAUUACUCGUCCCGGGCACGAGUGGCAGCCAGACCAGGCAGACGGAGCUUUCCUGGACUCGCCUCUUCAUCGAUCAGUUAUCUUCAAGUUGUAAGCAGUACCUUUUGAACUGCUUCUCAACGCGAUUCAACUCGAUCUUCAACGUUGUCAAUAUGGAUGUCUUCCUUGAAUCCAUGGCAAGGUCAAGGAAGCCGUAUUACUCUCUGUUCUUACAUAUCACCAUUCUUGCAGUCGGUCUCUUAUAUGCGGAGCCCGACAACCCAGAAGUACAGAAGUUGCAGUCACGCGAGCGUGGUGCACAAAAGUCUGCAUUACAUCGUCAGUGCUGGUUGCUGGUCGAGUCCGAACUUGCGGAACAACCCACGCUUGCGUUGGGGCAAGGACUGCUCCUCCUCGCAGAGAUAGAAAUGCGGCAGGGUGAUGGGAACAUGGGAUGCCUGCUUAUUGGUACCGCUUGCCGACUUUGCCUCGCAAUCUGUCCAGACAAUGGCGCCUGCGAGACUCAUUUCGGCACUGUUUCUGCGGGUUGCGAGAGGGGAGUUCUCGAUACCUGUGUCGUAUACGAUACCUACCGGUCUCAAAUCUUGCGUCGUCCAACUGUACUCCAUAGACGCAAUACAGAGGGCGCGCGUGGCAAUCCGAACAACGUACAACUCUUCACGGCAUCAGCACGAAUAGAGCAAGUAAUUCAUACUAUUCUCAUGGACUUGGUGGAGCCAGUGCAUGGGUUCCUGGAUAAGUACAGUGCCAGUUUGGGUUGCGCGAUUGAUGCUGGCACCUUCUUCGAGAUGACAUCUGUGCAUCAGAACCUCGCCCACCGCUACAGCUCCUGGCCCGAAACCCUAGCAUUGGACUUCGAAAACCAGUCAGAAGGGAAUCAAAGUCUUCUAUUCCUUCACCUCUACUACCACAAUGCGGUUCUCUGUCUGCACCAGUCAUGGGGCUUUCGGAGUGGGAUGAUCGUUGGGGACAGCGAAGAGGGCUCAGAAGCGUAUCAAGCAGCUCGUAACUCCAGUCAAGCAAUAUGCUUAGAUCACGCAAGGAUGAUUUCACGUUUACUGGGAAAGUGGCGAGGACGAGCGAAUGGUACACAAAUACCGACCCUGGCACUGGGUUACGCCUCGAACGCCAUGACAUACAUAACAGCUGCUCUUGAAGAGUCGGAAACCUUGGACAGCCGAGCAGAAGUACUUGAGAGUCUGAGAUUAUUGGAAAAAGUGCUUCCAGCUACGCCUUCUCGCAGCCAAGGACCGUCCAUUGCCUCACUCUCCUCCAACGACCACUAUGCGGGCUGGACGCCGAUUAACGCUACGCAGCAGCAAGUAAGAAUGUCGACCAGUCCACAGCGCCCGAACAAGACGUUUGGUCGGGGAGCCGUAUCAAGCUUGGCACCGGCAACUCUCAGAGGCGUCAUUGCGCUCCCAGAGUACAACAAUUCACAAAUGAUGGCGACCUCAUCUCGGGAGCCCAUAUCUCCAGAGACGCACGAGAGGCGAAUCGCAGCGCAGGUUCGCAUCACACAGGAUGGUUCGACUGAGUCUGAUGGAGCUAGCCUUUACGACCAAGGUGAUUCAAACAACGACCGUAUCUUUCUACCGAAGGAAAGGCAACUGCUCGGUCUGUCACCUAGCGGCCAGUGAUAUGAAGGGAUCUUCCCCUUAAUGGUUCCUGGCCCUGAUGACUCUCCUUCUAGAUAAAGGGGC